AUUCCUGUGUAGUCGGAGAGUUCACCAUUGCUUGUAUGUGUUAGUCCGAUUGUGAUAUCAAAGGACAAGUUAGCACAACAACACAGUGUCUAAUAACGACAGUCUAACGUAACACUGGGUUUCAGSCUUGGUGUUAUUAAGUCGGGUUGUCUUUCGUCCUCCAUCUCUAAAUUUAAUUGCCSUUUCUUCCAUUCUUUGAAACGACCAACAGGUCUUUUUUGGUGUGUUGUCAUUACUCAAGUUUUCUUUCAGUCGAUUGGUAAUGUCUUACUAGUAAAAAGUGAUGUGUCCGAAUUGUUCUGCCAUUCCCGCCAUAUGGUCGGCUGCCUCAUUAUACGUGAUUCCCGCAUGACCUGGGAUGUAGGCAAUUCGUAUUGAAGCUAGGAUUUAAAAAAGCUUCCAACAACAACGAUAUUCUCCUGUUCAUGUUCUGUUCGGCCGCUAGACUCAAAUUACUGUUUCUUUGUUUACAUCUUUUGAGACAAGAUUUUAUGUACCGUCUUUCCGCUUCAAUAAGGCAAACAGCCUGGAAUUCAAGAGUUUUAUACACUUCUCUUCGACCCAGAGAUUGUUUAUAUAAGUCAUAAGGAUCUUCGAUGCUUGUCUAGUGAUAUAUCAAAAUGAGCUUCUAUGUCGAUCACUUCAGCAUUAUUUUGUUGAACUUUUUUUUAUCCUGAAUCGCCAUAAUUUCCUCUGAUUCUGACUAUUCUAUAUCUACAUCAGUAUUGCAUAAUAAGGCGCUAGUUUCUGACUCACAAUCCGAUAUAUUCAAAAGAGGUUUUAUUGGCACAUAAAGAAGACUGCGGAGUGCARUAAAACCAAGCCAACAAAAUGACGUCAAAUUCGGUCCCAGUCUAUUCGAAAGGGGGRACAAAAAUUAGCCCCCAAAACGUGAAUUAAAAUAGUCGGAACUSAGCGAAAUUUUUUCAGAACUCUCUUUUAACAAAAUCAGAGUAUUUAAAUAAAGCUUUUUUUACAGGAAAAACAUUGUUUUCAUGUCAUAUACUCUUUUUUAUUCGUUUUUUUUUGAAUCCCAUACAUUCACUGUACAGUUCAUAUGCAAACCUUUUGCUAGCAUCUAGGUUAUAUACAUUUAUAAAAAAAAAAGUUGAGCACAAAAAAAAAAGUUGAGCACUUUUUUGAAAACAUUUUCGAUAAUUUUAAGUUACAUUUAUAUACAUGUAUGUUUGAUCUCUGGUUAUAUUUUGUAUAUUUACGAUCUACAGGGAGACAAGAUGGCUACUGGAUGGUCCGUCAUUACAAAAGAAAACACUAAUUUUGCACGRUUGGGUAAAUUACUUAUKGAUGGAGGAACUCGURCCCUUAGAGCCAYUUUUGAUACYAAGCWUCCACCUCAUGAUCUAAAAAAACAUUUGAUGGACAGCMGGAUUCAUAWUAUCUUAAAGAAUUUGAGGGCUAAAAAAWUUCUACGACCAGAGCAGUGGAACAGACUGUAUCCAGCUGUAGGAUCGGCAACAUCGGCAGAUUUUGACAGGAUUCUCUUAUUUUUCCUGUUGCGCAAUAUCUGCAAUUUGCCAACACCUGCAAAUGGAUGGGAUAAGGAGCCUGCAGGAACAAGUAUCAACGUGGAAGAUGAUGUAGUAAGGUUGAGAUUGUACCGUAAUAAUCUCUAUGGCAGAKUUUCUGAACCAGCUSUAACAGACGGUGAUUUUAACAAGUACUGGAACGAAAUUGAAAAUGUUUUGUUAAGAUUUGGAAUAGAAAAGASAGACAUUGAUAGUCUCAAAACGCAACCAAUCCUAGAUUACGAGGAAAUGAUGGACAGAGUACUUGAUGAGGAAUUAGAGACAUCACACAGUAAACCUACAAAACCAACAACUUCUGAAGUUUCAAGAUUKCCCGCUGAGAUAAUUGCACAAGGGCCUCUUGCUGAAAGAUCAUAUUAUAAAGCAUUAAAUUAUGGAAAAGUAGAAAUUUAUCGAGCAUGUGUGAAGAUAAUUGGCCAAGACAGAGCAGGAAAAACAAGCUUGAAGAGAUCUCUGUUUGGUUUCCCGUUCAAUCCCGAAGAAGAAAGCACAGUGGGGGUAGAGGUUUCGUUAUGUACGCCUAUUACUACGAACGACGUCAAGAGAUGGCAGAUCAAAGAGACUGAUGAGGGCAUAAUAGUCAACGAUGACGUUGCUCGUGCGAUGGCCAUAGAUAUCAAAAUGCAGGGAGACUUGACUGGGGAUACAGAGGGUGAUAAUGAUGGUGAUGAUGAUGAUGAUCGUGAUGAGGGUAGAUCCGAUCAUGUACCAUUAAACGCAGCAACAGAAGUUUCUUCUGAACCUCUUGAGCAAGCAGACAAGCCAGAAGUUCAACAAUCGCCGGAGAGGAAAAUUGGCGAAACUAUAAAAGACAACCGGGACACCGAGAACCACGAGGCAACCACAAAGGAAAUACUGGAAUCUUCAUCAAAGCAAAAUCUACCAAUGCCAGAGGGAAUUAAAAAGUCRCUGAUCAAGYAUUUASAGGAAAAGAAAMUAGAUGAAACUAUAARAGAUAMGGAAGUCGCAAUAAGCAUUUGGGAUUUUGCUGGCCAACAAUUGUUCUACGCAUCUCAUCCWGUUUUCAUGUCCCAUCGAGCAAUCUAUAUCUUGGUUUAUAAUCUUGGAAAAGAUUUGGACGACAAGGCAGAACCUCGUGCUCGUCAGGGAACGAGGGAAAUUGUACUAGAUAAUGCAAGUAAUGAGACCAAUCUGGACAACCUUUUGUCGUGGUUAGUAUCUGUACACUGCCUUUGCCAGCCCCAUACUGACAGUCGGGUAGGAACUAAAGAUUAUAUUUGUCCACCGGUAAUUAUUGUUGGUACCCAUGCUGAUUACUUAACUGGAAGCGAGGAUGAAAAACAAAGGCUCAUAGAUGCCAAGCGGCGAAAAAUAGAGAACGCAAUAGAAAAGUGCGAGUUUCAGAACCACGUGUUGAAGCCAUUCUUCGUUGUUGACAACAAUAACUCGAAGGACGAUGAUGGGAUUAAGAGUCUCCACUCGAAAAUCAACGAAGUACUUAACAUGGAGCCUUACUUUCCAGAACCAGUACCCAUUCGUUGGUUUCACUUCGAGAAGGCUUUGCAAUCACUUGUACAAGAAAAGAAGACACCAUUUCUGUCAGUUAAAGAACUUUCAGAGAUCGCAGAGCAGGUUUGCUCUAUUGAUCAGACGGAGAUCGCCGCCAUGUUGAACUUCUACCACGAUCUUGGCAUCAUUAUCAAGUAUGGUGACACAGUUGUACUCGACGCUAAGUGGUUGAUUAACCUGUUCAAAAGUCUUAUUACUAUUGAACCUGAUGAAGUGAAACCUAGGCAUCGAAAGUUUUGGAGAGAGCUGGCAGAAACUGGAAGAUUGCAUACGGACCUUAUCAAUCACGUCUUUCAAGAACUUUCGGAAGCUAGGGACGACGCAAAGAAAGACAUACUAGAUAUGAUGGAAUAUUUUGGAUUGAUUGCCCAAAUAAUCCCAAGUAAUCAGAAGGACGGCUAUUGUUAUUUGGUUCCCUCGCACCUGACAUCAUCACCCGAGGAAGAACUAAUAAAGUGCCAGCCAUCCUCAGACGAACCCUGUCCGUUGUAUGUCCGCUUUUUGGACGGAUUCAUCCCACACGGUUUAUAUUUCCAACUGAUUUGCAGAUGGUGCUCCAUAUAUGGAUCUCAGAAACAACAGACUAUUUUUCAGAAAGAGCCUAAGUUGUUUCGUAAUGCUGCCAAAUUUGUUCUGGAUAACAAUUCUAAAGUCAUCAUGACAGUCGUAUGCUGCAAGAGUACCAUUAAGGUAUGCCUGCAUUCAAAUCGCGAAGACAAAACUGGCGUCGAUUUCAAGGCAGUUGAGAUAAGGCAGGUAAUCCAGGAAAGCUUGGACAGCUUAACAGAAAAGUGUCCUUGGUACCAAAGCUUACAGUAUGACUUGUGCAUUAGAUGUCCAUCGUGUGCAUUGGACGCUACUGAAAAAAAAGAAGGACAACCUUUUGGAGACGACAACUGCCUGCAUCCAGCCACUGACGAUGAAGAAUUUUUUUGUGAAGUCAAAGAUGAAUGGCCAGAGGUGUCGGGACUACAUCAUUGGUUUUCCAGACCAACCAUCGAGCCCUCGGAUCGGCAAAGUGUUAGAGGAGAUGUGCGUGUCUCAAAUGGUUUAUUUGUAGUCAUCAACAUUGCAAAAUUUGUUGAUCGAGAAAAUCGUAUUGGCUCAGAGUACGAUGAAAAAGCAAUGGUUGAAUUGUUUGGCGACUACUUUAGUUUCGAAGUUGUGAAUCUCAGUAAGAAAAAUGGAGCAGUGGAAAUUAAACAAGAGCUUCGGAACAUUUCUUCUGACAAGAAGUAUGAAGACAAGGAUUGCUUUGUUCUCUGCAUAAUGAGCCAUGGAAAUGAGGGUGUUUUCCGUACAUGUGAUGGUAAAAAGAUUAGCUAUAAAGACAUUUUCAGCUACUUCAAAAACGAUAAAUGCAAGAGUUUUUGUGGAAAACCGAAGCUGUUUAUCAUCCAGGCAUGUCGCGGACCUAAUGUCGACCGUGGAGCUGUUUAUGAUGAUGGUGCUGGUUCAUCUAGAAACCAGAGAGAAGAAUGUACAGCAAUUCCAGAUAUUCCUAGAGAGGCUGACAUUCUUGUAGCUUUUUCUUGCACUGAAGGGCAAAAGUGCUAUCGUCGGGUUUCAAGCGGAAGCGCUUUUAUUCAGAGUUUGGUUCGUAUUUUUAGGAACAACUCCGACAGAGAAGACGUACAAAGUAUGCUUACGAUGGUCAAUGACGACGUUUCCAGUCAAUCAUUUAGGAAAACACUAGAAAAUGAAGAGGUAUACGUAAAGCUAGCUCCAGAGCAAAGAAACACACUGAGGAAAAAAGUGUUUUUGCUUCAUCAAAGUGUUUCUCCUCCAUCAAAAAAACGAAAAAUUUCAGAUAAACGGGGCGCCUCUUCUCUACAAUAGUUUAUAGAAUAUCGUUGUUCAUCGAACGUUUGUAUAAUCAUGGUCGUGACUUUUGUUGACAGUUUUGCACAAUAGUUAUUCAUAGUCAUCUAUUCAUAUCUUUAUAAAUAAGGUUUCUAUUCCUUAAUGGGAAUAUCCAUACAGUAUUUUGAAUUUACUCGGGAUGACUUUUUUCGGGAUGACAACUAAAGUUUGUAUCAAUUUGAAAAGCUUUUGUUUAAAUUACCUUUUGGAUAAAUACAGUAUAGUAAUGCGUAAUGCUAGGAGGAGCCGAUGGGUUCCUAGCUGGGAGAAAUAUAUCUGUUCUUAUGUCCCAGGCAGCCUUAAGUAACAACUGGUUGCUAGCGAGAAAAAGAACUCUCCGGGCAAAGAAUACUUUUUAAGAAUUUUUGCCAGGAAAAUAAAUAUUUCCUUACUAAAAAAUAUAAUCAAAAAAUAUAAUCAAACUACGAACCUACAAUUACUUUACUCUUGAAAAUGAUGCCUGAUGCGGCACCGAAACGUCGAGUCUUCAUGUCGUUAUAAACUAUUUAGUAAAAAUAUAUAAGCCGUUUUUGACGUGUAAACGUUGGCCCGAAACAAAAUUAUUUUAAAGAAAAAAGGGUGUGGCAUUUGCGUGUGAGAUUGAUACUAACAAUGUAGCUCAAAAUCCUUUUCCAGUAAAAAAAAUCAAACAAGAGCAGUUAUUUAGAAGAACAGAACUCGUCGGCUCCUCCUGCGUUAUGAAAGCGGAGACGGAGUUUGUCAUGUAUAUAGAACGCUGUCAUAUCUGCAUGGAGUGAAAACCUGGCUAAAAAAAUUUCUAUGCGGACUAGAUUCAAUGUAUUAACCAUGACAUUAGUAUUGAAAUUUACAUAAUUCUGGCAAAACACUGUACACUUGUAAUCCUAUAAUAAACUAGCUGAUCAAG